AUGGCAGCUGUACGUACACCCGGCGAGCUCCUGGGCUCCACCAGCCACUACAACGCAGGAGAUGGGGUGUAUGUACAGAACGGAUUGCUGCGGGCUGCUGCUGUGGGCACUGAGAGGGUUUUGCCUCCCACCAGCAAACAAGGACUUCCCACAAUCUGCAUAGCCCGCGCGGCGCAGAGCCGCGCGGCUGUGGCCCACGUGGGCUCUUUGGUGCUGGGGCAGGUAACUGCGGUAAACCGCAUGCUGGCAGAAGUGGCUGUCUUGGCCGUCGACGGGCACGUUCUCCCCGAACCCUACAAGGGGGCCAUCAGGGCCCAAGACGCGCGAGAGACAGUGACUGAGAACUUCGACAUCGCCGAGUGUUUUCAGCCCUUAGACGUCGUGCGGGCGGAAGUGCUUUCUGUGGACGGAAGACAAUACUUGCUGGGAACUGCAGCAGAAGGGUUUGGGGUUUUGUGUGCUGACAGCAAAAGGGGGGGGGCGCUGCAGCCGGUGUCUUCGAGUUUGAUGCGCUGCAGCAUUUCGGGGCAGCUGGAAAGAAGGAAGGUCGCCCGGCCUCCGGGGGUUUAG